GAAACAUUUAACAAUGUGUCAUAUUCUAAAUGAUAAAUGAUUUUAGUGGAUAGUAUUAUGUGUUCUUAUUAAUGGCCAAGCCUGCACCAAUAACUUCUAAUAUAAAUGAAUCAGGUGUCGAUGCAAGUACAUUCACUUUAACCUUUGCCAUAGAAUUACUCGGAAUAGACGUUUGGCAUGAUUGCAACGAAGGUUGGCUAGAUCUUGGGCCCUGUACUCAAGGCAUGAAGGUUCAGUACCAAUUGUAUCCUGGAUAUAAUUUUGAGUUAGAUAUUCUCAUAUGGCCCCAUGCUGUCAAAAUAUGGAGUGGUAUGAACUCCGGUUGGGUUCGCACGUGGCAGUUCUUGGAUCGUCGAUGGCUCGCAUUUGAUAUUUGCCAUAUAUUUCCCGUAAAGGUUGUGGAGCUGAAAGCCUUUGUAACGACUGUUAACCCUACCUUUGGAGUUGCCGCUCUCGGAUCCAUUGCAAAGAAUGACAAGGUCACAGAAGUAUUCCUACCACGUCUAAAGUUUGGGCAACAACGAUAUUUCGCUCCAGUAAUAGGAGAGGAGUCAAGCCUCGAGACUUUCAUCAACGAUUUAAUAUGGCAGACAGUGGAGGGUUAUAUACCCGUCUCUUAUUUGGACGGUUUGUUUGAUGUUCCACAUCCUGUGACAGACGUAAGACAUCAAGACGCCGUAUUACAUCACGUAAGGGAAACCGCGCUCAAUCGCAACUUGUCUGAACAAUCUGAGCCAGAAUUACCAAGCACAACAAAAAAAACAUUACCAAACCAAGGGAAGAAAGUAGAAGUGACUAAAUUUGAAAUUAAAUUGUCGGGGAAUAAUAUUUUAGCGGGAGCUGGUCGGCAUGUUGCUUUUCAAUCGCUCGGCGACCGGCCGCCGGAACUAGGGGAGUUUUUUGUCUUCAUCUCCAGUCAGAAUUUGCCCGCCUCCGACGACUAUCCGAUACUUUUUGUAAACAUCGAUUCUCUAUUCGAUGUGCCUACAGAAACGUUGAAGAAAUAUCGAAUAUCGCACAUUUAUACACGCUGGUCUAUGGUAGAAGAGAUCCAUGACUCGGAACAUCAGCUUAUAGGAAAAAAAACAACGUAUAAUUUCAAUGAUCAUCACGCGCUGCCGUUACCCCGCGAUGUGGCUUUCAAAAUUAUCUGUGGUCUCAUGGAUGACGACUUCCGUAUUCAGCUUCGUGGAAUAAGACAGGCCCCAAAACCAUACAAUGACCCAAGUUUUUUCGGGUAUGACAAUAAAGACCGCUUAUUUGCUACCAACACUCCGCCCACAUUCAAACAUUACGAAACUGACUUUAUAAUAGCUGAAACUAAGAUCAACGCACGGUCUCUUGGAAAAGGAAUUAGUGGUGUAGUCCAAGGAGAAUUCGCGUUGUUGCCUCCAAACUUCGCAGUGAAGAGAUUAGACCGUCCAGCAUUCUGCACUAAUGAUCAAAACGGUAUCAACUUGCCAGUUAACCCUGAACAAAUAGUUCCAUCAUACGUUGUCCUAGACGCUCAAAUGACUUUGGAAGUACGCAUGGGCUAUGCUGGAUGCAGGCCGCAAAGAAAAAAAGAAAAAAGUUAUUCCAGAAUGAUCUGCCUUAUUUCUGAUCAAUGGCUGAUCAUGGAAUUGAUAAUUCUAGUUACUGACAUUAACCGGGAUUUGGAAAGUCUUAAAGAUAGGGACGAGUUUCUGUCGGGUUUUGCCCUUGACACAGGUGACACCGCAAUUUUUUACGUCGAGGGGCCUAAGGAUGGAGUAAUUUUACAGCUAUGGGAAAAAACUGGAGACUAUUAUCCUCACUCUAACCCGUUGUUUUCCUCGUCAGCAAAAUAUGCAUCCAGGGUUUAUCCGGAUUUAACGUUCGCUGGCACUCCUGCAUUUUUCAACAUAAUGAAGAUGUUUGUUCCUCUGUCGGCAGUUUUGGCUUGUCCCCCUGUUUACGCGAAACCAUGCUUGCCUAUUUUAGCUCGAUAUGUUAGAACUUUUAUUAUUUCGCUUUUAUUUAAGGAAAAUCAAAGCAUGUACCUAUUGCUAAUCACAACUACAGAAGUGCAAGGCCGCAUUGAAGCUAGGUCGGUUGCUGAGCAACAAGCGGUGGUGGCGGCUCGGGCCGCCGACCAGCGAGCUGCCCACCGCCUCGGAGUUGGUCAGUUUUCGUCAGGAACUCUGCACUGCGCCCCGACCGUCCCAAGCGGUGACCGCUCUGGGUGCCACGCUAUUCAAAUCUCUGCCGCACUAGCAUGCUGGCCACGACUGAAGACACCUAGAAGAGGUAGAUCGUUAAUUUUGUAUUAUUUUUUAAUGUUUUAUAUUAUUUUGUUUUGCCAAAUGUGUUGGUUAAGCUCUCACGCUCCGAAUUUAAUUUUGAGACUCCAAUAAACGCUGUGUCAAAAAGCAGAGUUUAUUUCACGUACUUAAUGUCGUCGGGUGACAACUAAAACUUGGUAAUAAUACUUUUUAUGAAAAAAUGUUGUUGAUUGAAAUGUUUUCUUAGAGAGGUAGACUUAGUCUGGAAAAUUUUGAUUUUUAAUAAAACCGCCUGUUGUUGUAUUAUCUGUCUUAAUUACUUUUAUUAAAGUAUGGAAUAAAUUUUUUUGUAUUGUAAACGUCAGAAUUAGCGAUGCAUAAAACCAUGCCAUCAAAAAAAUUUACAAAUCCUGUACUUGUCUACGUGUGCUGUAAUAAAACAUU